AAAAAGUUGAAAUUAAAAAUAAAAAGUUGAAUAGUUUUAGAAAUAAAAGGGAGAGGACACCAUCUUCUCUCUACCAAUUAACCUCAUUAUUUUCCAGGAGGCAGCAAACCCGAGAAGACAAACAUCAAAGAAACCAACCACAUCCUCUAUCCACAAGGCUGUCUCAUAGAGAAAGGGGGAUGGGGGAUGCAAUGGUGGAUCAACAAUACUGGUGUCACAUGUGCUCUAGGACGGUGACACCAGUUAUGGAAGCUGAUAUUAAAUGCCCAUUUUGUGAAAGUGGGUUUGUAGAAGAAAUGGACACCACAAGAGAAAAUAAUACUACUAGUACUACUAAUAAUGAUAAUAGUGGUAUUGAUUUUGGAUCAGAACGUGCCUUCUCUCUAUGGGCACCAAUCUUGCUUGGUUUAAUGGGUGGUUUAGGCUCUUCUAGAGCCCGCAUUGCAGCUGCUGCUACUGCUCAACAACAGAAUAGUAGCAGCAGCAGCAGCAGUAGCAACGGAAAUGCACAGGAAGAAAAUGGUGAACUUGAGAGAGAAUUUCGAUCCUUAUUUAGAAGGAGGAGAAGAAGAAGUUCAAUUUUUCGUAUGCUUCAAGAUCUUCGUUCGGGUUCAAAUAAUUCUGAAAAUAAUGGGGAGAUUAAUACUAUUAACACUAACAAUAAUAAUAACAAUAAUAGUAAUAUUAAUAAUAAUAGUUUGAUUUUUGUUAAUCCUUUCAAUGAGGCAGCAUUAGUUCUGCAAGGCCCUUUUGAUGUAAACCAACCUGAAAACCCUAUUCGAAGUAUGGCAAGUUCUUUAGGGGACUACCUUAUUGGACCUGGUUUGGAUUUAUUGCUACAGCAUUUAGCAGAAAAUGAUCCUAAUCGUUAUGGAACACCUCCAGCACAGAAAGAAGCCGUUCAAGCAAUGCCAAUUGUUGCUGUUGAGCAGAGUUUGCAAUGUGCAGUGUGCGUAGAGGAGUUUGAGAUUGGAGAAGAAGCCCGGGAAAUGCCAUGUAAACAUAAAUUUCAUGGUGGGUGUAUUAUUCCAUGGCUGGAGCUUCAUAGUUCUUGCCCAGUUUGCAGGUACCAAAUGCCCUGUGAUGAAUCCAAGAUUCAGGAAAGUGGCUCGAGGAGCGAUGGAGGGAGAAUGGAGAACAAUGAGGCCAGGAUGGGCAAUGGUGUAGGAGACGGAGAACAAGUAGGCAAUGGAAGAAGGUAUUGGGUUCCUGUCCCAUGGCCUUUUGAAGGGAUGUUUUCUUUGUCACCAACCCAAAAUGGGGCAAGUUCUACUUCAGCAUCCUCUCCAGCAAACAUGCCAGGAAAUCAUCUUUCUUCUCACACAGAUGAAACUUGAAGAUAAAUACUUGUAUGUAUAAAAAUGUACUGCUUUUUUAUGUGGUCAUGGUUUUGUAUAGUUCUUAUAAGGAAUUUGCCUAUUAUAUGUAUCCUAUGAGCAAUUUCAUGGUGUUUAAAGAAUUAAUACAAUUUUACUGGUUUUCUUUA